GCAGAGAGAUCUUCAGGGAUGUCUGUUUUGCUUAGUCGGUUGUGUGUGUCUGUGAGGCCGGUGCGGGCCCUGUAUGGGCUGCGGAACAGCGGCACUGGUGCUUAUCGGGGGUACAACACCAACCCGGCUUUCCGUUCAUUGACUUACCUCCAGAGAGGGUUGCAAUACAGAAGUGUUUCAAGCAAUGAAACUGAAAACCGAGGAAACCUAUGUCAUAAUUCCCGGUUGUACACAACUUCACAGACUGUCGAUCCUUUGGAGAUGAGAAAAUUCCAAGCUUGGGUGCUGAAAUGGUGGGAUGAAGAAGGGAUCUUUUCAGUCUUGCAUGCCUUAAAUGAUAUACGGGUGCCCUUCAUCAGAGACAUCCUUAUGAGCAGGAACUAUGAACAUGAUGUCGGGUGUCCACUCUCUGGUGUGAAACUUCUAGAUGUUGGAUGUGGAGGAGGAUUGUUAUGUGAGCCUCUGGGCCGACUCGGAGCUUCAGUAACAGGAAUCGAUCCUUUGGAAGACAACAUUAAAAUUGCUGCACUGCACAAAUCAUUUGAUCCUGUGCUAGAGAAACAUGUUCAGUACAAAUCAUGCACAGUGGAGGAGCUUGUGGAUGGGCAUUUGGGAUACUUUGAUGCAGUUGUAGCUUCAGAAGUUUUAGAGCAUGUUGCUGAUGUGGAGUCUUUUAUCCAGAGCUGCUUCCACGUAUUAAAACCAGGUGGUUCUCUAUUUAUUACCACAAUCAACAAGACCAAGCUCUCGUACGCUUUAGCCAUAGUGGUAGCAGAGAAAAUAAUGGGCAUUGCCCCAGAAGGCACUCAUGACUGGGAGAAGUUUAUUCCACCUGAAGAGUUAGAGCGACUACUUGAAUCAAAUGGCUACGUUGUGGAAGCACUGCGAGGAAUGCUGUACAAUCCUUUCUCGGGUUCCUGGCGCUGGAUAAGUGACAACAGUGUUAACUAUGCACUACAUGCUGUGAAAACAGUGGCACAAGAGCAACCGACAGAUGUUGGAGGGGAGGGUGAGCAGGAACAGCAAAAAGUGGCAGAAGCCUCUGUAUGAGGAGACCAACUGACUCGCAUAUCCUGAAGAAAGUUUUUCUAUCCUAAUGUGGAAUUCAGUAAAAACAAAUGACAUUG